AUGCAUGCUGUUGCUGGAAAUUCAUGUGUAUUCCGAUGCUUCCUUACAACUCCAUAUAAAAUUUUUUAUUAUUUGUUGUGUAUCAUCGGAUACAAUGGAAUUUCGAAUUUCAUUUGGAAAUAUAAUGCAACAAGAAUUACAUUCAUAUCACAUAAAGUUUACUCACGUGAUCCAAAGGCAUAUCGUGCAAAAUAUGGAUGUUUAGAUCCAAAUUUCGCAAAUCAAGCAUUAACAAAUGAUAUCAUUUAA